UGGGGGCCGUGGCGGCGCAGAGGCAGCUUCCGUGACAGCAGUGGCAGCAGGCGGAGGGCAGGUUCAUCCCUGGACGUCGGUGACAUUUCUCUGCGAACCUGACUUCCUCCUGAUUUGAGUCAGGCUGGUGAAGACUCCCCGUGGGUGGCCCGGGAGCCUUUCUCAGCACUGGCUUGGCUUGCGUGCCACUGCCCUCCCCAGGAGAGAACAUGAGCCCCCGGAAUGCAAGUGUGGACUGUUCCUUCCAUGAUGUGGACGAGCUGGUGAAGACCCUGCAGCUGGCUGUCCACAGCCCCACCUUCUUCCUGGGCCUCCUCCUCAACCUGCUGGCCAUUCGGGGCUUCCACACCUUCCUGAAGAAGAGGUGGUCGGAUUAUGCCGCCACCUCCAUCUACAUGAUCAACCUGGCGGUCUUUGACCUGCUGCUGGUGCUCUCCCUCCCAUUCAAGCUGGUCCUGUCCUAUGUGCGGACCCCCUUGCCUUCUCUGUGCACCCUGGUGGAGUGCCUCUACUUCAUCAGCAUGUACGGUAGCAUCUUCACCAUCUGCUUCAUCAGCCUGGACCGGUUCUUGGCCAUCCAGUACCCACUCCUGGUCAGCCACCUGCGGUCCCCCAGGAAGAUCUUCAUGAUGUGCUGCGCCAUCUGGGUCCUGGUAUGGGCUGGGAGCAUCCCUAUCUACAGCUUCCAUGGGAAAGUGGAAGAGUACAAGUGCUUCCACAACAUGUCUGACGGCACCUGGAGUGCCCAGGUCUUCUUUCCUUUCGAGGUGUUUGGAUUCCUGCUUCCCAUGGGCGUCAUCACUUUCUGCUCUUCCAGGAGCAUUUCCAUCCUCCUUGCCCGGCGGGCCCACAUCCAGGACUGGGGCCAGCAGAGGGCUUGCAUCUGGUCUCUUGCAGCCAGUCUGGCUGUCUUUGUGGUCUCCUUUCUCCCGGUCCACCUGGGUUUUUUCCUGCAGUUCUUGGUGAGGAAUGGCUUUAUCACGGAGUGCAGAACAAAGCAGAACAUCAGCUUGUUCUUGCAAUUGUCCCUGUGCUUCUCCAACAUCAACUGCUGCCUGGAUGUUUUCUGCUACUACUUUGUCAUCAAAGAAUUCCGCAUGGACAUCAUGGCACACCGGCCUUCCAGGGCCCAGCUGGUCCUGCAGGACACCAUGACCACCAGGGACUAAGGGAAGCGAUGCCCUUCUCAGAGGAAGGAAAACCCAUCCCCAGUCAGGAGCAGCUGUCCUGUCCUAAGGGUUUUGAUGCCGUGGGAUGGUAUGUGGAGCAGUCAUUGUGUAUUUCCCUUCUGAUGCUCACUGAAUGCCAUCUUUGCUCAUUGGACCCCAAAGACCUUGCUCCCAAAUCCAGACAGCUCAGCACAAAUCACCCAGUGUCUGGGGGUCUCCAAAGAACCUGAGUACUGGGUGAAUUCUUGAUUUCUAGGUCCAAAAGGUAUGAGGCAGAGGAGUUGAGAAAGAGAACGAGACCAUCUGAACAACUCUGUUUCCCAACUCUCCCCUGUUCUUCUAUUAGACUAGAAAAUUCUGGGAAGGAGGAGAAAAAAGAGAGAGAGGAGUUUGGAGACAGAAUCAAGAGAGUCAGCCAUGGCGCUCCUUCCCAGCCCACGAGAAGGAUGCAGAGGGACUGAGGCGGGUUGGUGUGGACCAGGCCAUGGUCGAACUGGAGACUUUGUGGAAACCGUGGGGACAGAAAGGAGAAACGUUAGCGGUACCUGAGAGCCAUGAGGGGACAGGAUACACCUGGGGAGGGAAGCCAGGUGAGGAUGGAGACAGGCCAAGGGCUUGAAGUGGACAGCCCCUCCCCAGUGCCACCAGGAUGUUUCCUGCAUGGAGUUUUGGUGUUAGCCCAGGUUGGAAGGAGGAGGAGAGGGAGAAGACCCUGAGAGAGGGGACAUUCCUGAAUGUGACCAGCUUUCUAUGUUGAACAGACUGAGAAACUGGUCAUUCAUCUUAGUUUCCCUUGAAAAAGAUUAGGAAGAACCAGGCUGAUUCGGUUCAGCCCGAGAAGAGCAAAGAAGGACUAUUUGCCUUGCUCACCUGAGCCACGGCUGCCCGAGGCAAUGCCCAUGGAGCUGACCUUCUCCAGAAUCAAAGGGAAGAAAUGAGUCGGCCAGGAAUUGGAGAUCACCUGCUCCAGUGUGGAGGCCUGGCCUGGAGAGAGAAAGAUAGCAGCAGGGUCCUUGGCAGGGCUUGGCUGGAAACUGCAGACAAUCGAUCAACUUGGCCUGAUUGGGCUUCUCUAAGGUUCGGGAAGAAGCAGCCUGCUGUGACAGCCAAGGGCCUCAGAUGACUCAGCUCUCCCAGAGAGUACAAUGUAGAUGGGGAAGCAUGGUGGGGAUGCACUGCAAGACAGAGUGGAGGGAAGAGAAGUAACAGAGGACCCUUAAUGGGAACAGGGGGAAGGUCUUCGGGAAGACUAGCAACCCCAUUCUACCUGUAAGA